UACUCACCACAGUCCAGAAAACAAAGGUAUCCUUCCUGCUACUCUGCAUUUUGCAUUUUUGCUGAAUCGUUGACUUCAAUUCCUUUCUUCGUUUCGUGUCGAAUUGGAAUCAUAAUGGCUGCUUCAUCCUCGAAUCAUCAAUGGAUCUACGACGUGUUCAUAAAUUUCAGGGGAAAUGACACCCGUGACAGCUUCGUUUCUCAUCUCCAUGCUGCCCUCUCAAACGCUGGAAUCGACGCUUUUUUUGACGAUAAGAGUCUUGAAAAGGGAGAUGAGCUGAAAUCAGUACUGUUGCGAGCAAUAGAAGGAACAUAUGGCCAACUGGUUAUUCCUAUAUUUUACCAUGUUGAGCCGUCGGACGUGCGUUAUCAGAAGGGUCCUUUUGCUUUGGAAGUAAAUUCAAGAAGAAGAGGACGCCGAAGGGAAAACCUGGUGGGGUGGAGGACCGCGCUCCACGAAAUUGCAAAUUUGUCUGGUUACGAUUUGAGCACCGACAGGAGUGAAGCUGAAGCAAUCAAUAACAUUGUUAAGAAUGUUUUCGGGAAAUUAUACAUCAGAGUGAUGUCCAUUACCAAUUUUCCGGUUGGAUUAGUAUCCCGCUUGCAAGAAGUGAUUAAGUUGAUUGAAAGCCAACCGAGCAAAGUUUGUAUGGUAGGGAUUUGGGGAAUGGGAGGGUUGGGUAAAACAACCACAGCCAAAGCCAUCUUCAAUCAAAUUCAUCGCCAAUUCAUGUGUGCAAGUUUCAUUGGAAACAUUAGAGAAGCUUAUGAGGAUAGAAGAGGGCCUAUUGAUUUACAAGAACAACUUCUUUCUGAUAUCCUAGAAACUAAGGAGAAGAUACAUAGCAUUGAAAGAGGGACAGCUAUGAUUAAGAAAAUUCUUUCUGGGAAAAGGGCUCUGGUUAUACUUGAUGAUGUGACCACAUCUGAGCAAUUGAAAGCCUUGUGUGGAAAUCGUGAAUGGUUUGCAUCAGGAAGUGUAAUAAUUGUUACAACCAGAGAUGUGCGGUUACUUAGUUCACUUAAAGCUGACUAUGUGUACAAAAUGAAUGAGAUGAAUAAAGAUGAGUCGCUUGAGCUUUUCAGUUGGCAUGCUUUUGGCGAAGCAAGUCCAGAACAAGACUUCACUGAACUCUCAAGAAGCGUAGUUGCUUACUGUGGAGGGUUACCUCUAGCUCUUGAAGUCCUUGGAUCUUACUUAAAUGAGAGGGAGAAAAAAGAAUGGAAAAGUGUAUUGUCAAAACUAGACAGAAUUCCCAAUGAUCAAGUGCAACAGAAACUCAGAAUAAGUUACGAUGGUUUAAAGGAUGAGCUGGAAAAGAAUAUAUUUCUUGACAUAUGUUGUUUCUUUAUCGGUAAAGACAGAGCCUAUGUUACAGAAAUAUUAAAUGGCUGUGGAUUUUAUGCUGAUAUUGGAAUAACAAGACUCAUAGAGAUGAGCCUCCUAAAAGUUGAAAGGAAUAACAAGCUUGGAAUGCAUGAUCUUGUUCGAGAUAUGGGAAGAGAAAUUGUUCGUGAAACUUCAACACAAGAUCCCGGGAAGCGCAAUCGGUUGUGGUUUCACGAGGAUGCACAUGAUGUUUUGACCAAAAAUACGGGAACAGAAACUGUUGAGGGAUUGGUUUUGAAGAUGCAAAGAACAGAAAGAGGUUGCUUCAAUGCUAAUGCUUUCAAGGAGAUGAAGAAGUUGAGACUUUUGCAACUUGAUAGUGUUGACCUCACUGGAGACUACCAGCAUCUGUCCCAUGAACUGAGAUGGGUCCAUUGGAAAGGAUUUACUUCCACAUUUAUACCCGAUCACUUUUAUCUGGGAAAUCUAGUUGUUUUAGAAUUAAAGUACAGCAGCAUUAAACAAGUUUGGAAGGAAACCAAGUUGCUGAAGAAGCUAACCAAGUUGCUGAAGAAGCUAAAAGUUCUCAAUCUCAGUCAUUCAAAGGACUUGGUAAACACCCCUGAUUUUUCAAAACUACCGAAUCUAGAAGAGCUCAUUCUAAAGGAUUGUCCAAGUUUGUUCGAGCUACACCCUUCCAUCGCAUAUCUCAGUAAUCUUCUUCUAAUAAAUUUGGAGGGCUGUACAAGCCUUACCAAUCUCCCAGGGAAGACCUAUCAGUUAAAGUCAGUUAAAACUCUCAUCCUUUCGGGUUGUUCAAAAAUUGACAAGUUGGAAGAAGAUAUAGUGCAGAUGGAAUCCUUGACAACACUUAUUGCAAAAGAUACAGCUAUAAAGGAAGUGCCUCAUUCAAUAUUAAGAUUGGAAAGCAUAGCAUAUAUAUCCCUAUGUGGAUAUGAAGGAUUAACACGCGAUGUUUUUCCUUCUCUCAUUCGAUCUUGGAUUUCACCAACAAUGAAUCCCCUAUCCCGUAUUCCCCUAUUUCCGGGCAUGUCAUUGUCUCAAGUUUCUAUGGAUAUACAGAAUUAUAGAUCAGGCAUUUUAUCUUCAUGGCUUAGCAGCCUAUCAAAACUUAGAAGUGUUUGGAUACAAUGUCACUCGGAGAUCCAACUAACCCAAGAGUCAAGAAGAAUUCUUGAUGAUCAAUAUGAUGUAAAUUCUAUGGACUUGGAAGCAUCAUCAUCAUAUGCAUCACAAAUCUCAGAUUUUUCCUUGAAAUCACUUUUGAUAAGAUUGGGAAGUUGCCACACAGUCAUUGAGACUCUUGCCAGCAGCAUACCACAGGGAUCGACAACCAACGCUUCUAGUAAUUUUGUCCUUCCGGGUGGUGAUGAUCCUUCUUGGUUAGCCUAUAAAGGUGAAGGACCUUCUGUACAUUUUCAAGUUCCAGAGGAUCGUGAUUGUUGCUUGAAGGGAAUAGUUUUAUGUGUUGUUUAUUCAUCAACACCUGAAAGUAUGGCAACUGAAUGUCUUACAAGUGUCAUGAUAAAUAAUCACACAAAAUUCACCAUUCAAAUCUACAAGAAAGAUACUGUAAUGUCCUUUAAUGAUGAAGAUUGGGAGAGUGUAAAAUCAAAUCUUGAUCCUGGUGACAAUAUGGAGAUUAUUGUUUCUUUUGGGCGUGGAUUGACUGUUAAGGGAACGGCUGUGUAUCUAAUUUAUGCUCAGUCAAUCAUUAUGGAAAUUCAGCCAUCAAUUACUGUGGAAGUUGAAUUUGAGCCAUCUGUUAAUGGGAAAAUGGAGCCAUCAUCUGAAGUGAACAUACAUCCAUCGCCUAACUUGAAAAUGGAGCCAUCACCAAAGCCAACUAAAACUAUCUUUACAAGACUUGUAAAGAGAAUUGGAAAAUGUUCAUGCUUGAACCAGAAUUGAGAUUUCUACAAUUUCUGAUCGGGCAAGGUGUUGUCAUAAUAUAGGAUUCCCUUGUUUUAUGUGUUUUGCAAUAUUUUCUAGGAGGGAGGAGGGACAGCACCAUGUUUUAUGAACAUAGAGGAGAAAUGGAUAAUUCAUGUGGUUGAUGUGCGUUUAAAUGAAUACAGUUCUGAAAAUGUUAAGAGUUCAUUUCUUGUUUUUCUGGCCCUCAAGAUUUCUGGACUAGAUGCUAUGUAACAGCUAGAUAAAAGAUGGUAUAAAUGUGCAAGUCUAGAGAAGGUUGCUGGGUAUUAUUAGUAUAAAGCAGUUUUAUGUGUGGAGUGGGGAAGUUUGAAGUAUUAGAUUCAGAGGGAAUCAUGUGAAUAAUAAUGUAUACACACUACAGGAGGUUAUUGUUCCUUCAAAAUUUUAUGAAAUGGAAGAUUGUGCAGUCAA